AUGGCUGAAGAGCUGAUUCUUUUCUUUUUAAGAAAAUUAAGUGAGCAGCUGAAUGAAGAAGGAGAGUUACUGUCUGGAGUUCAUGAAGACAUUGAAUGGAUCAAGAACGAGCUACAAGCCAUGGUGGCCUUCCUGAGGGAUGUCCACAGGACGCAGCAAAGGGAUAAAAGGGUUGGAAGAUGGGCUGAGGAGGUAAGGAAGUUGGUUUAUGAUGCUGAAGAUAUCAUCGAUGAGUUUUUGAUUCGAAUGGAAAACCCGCGCUGGAAUUUCAUAAAACACCUUCAGACCAGGCAUCAAGUCGGCUCUCAAAUUCAGAAGGUCAAAAAACGGGUUAUGGAGGUCAAAGAAAGAAGGGACCGGUACAAUUGGUUGCAUAUUGCACAAGAAAAUACACCAGGAAUCAUGCGUGCCUCAUCCACAGGCUUUGGUGCAGCUACCCCCUUUUUCCAGGUGGAUGAUAUCGUUGGAAUUGAGGUUCAUGUUGAACAACUAGUCGAGUUGUUAAUAGAGGGAAAAUCAGAUCGGCGUCAAGUGAUAUCAGUGUUUGGUAUGGGAGGUUUGGGCAAGACUACUCUUGCUAAGGAAGUCUACAAAAGAGUUAAAACCGAUUUUGAUUGUUAUUCUUGGGUGUUCUUAUCACAAUCCUGUAAUUUAAGGGAUGUCCUCCAAAGAAUCCUGUUUGGACUAAAAGAAAGUAAAAACGAGCCAGCCAUGGAGGUAAUGGAUGUCAUGAAUGAGGGGCUGUUGCAAGAGAUGAUCUACAACUACCUGCAGGACAAGAUGUAUUUGAUUGUGUUUGAUGAUGUAUGGGAUACCGAAAUUUGGGAAGAAUUGAAACAUGCGCUGCCUCGAGAAAGAGGUCAGAUCAUACUUACGACACGGAUACAGGAUAUAGCUUCAUCGGUUGAAGAUGGUUGUUACAUCUAUCAUCUCCAUCCUCUAACUCAUGAGUUAGCUUGGAAACUUUUCUGUAAAAAGGCAUUCCGGAGAAUGAAAGCUUGUCCUGAAGAUUUGAGGGGACUAGCAGAGUCUAUUGUGAAUAGGUGCGGAGGAUUACCGCUUGCAAUUGUGGCCAUUGCAGGGCUUUUGUCAAGCAAGGGUACGAAUGCACGAGACUGGCAGCAUGUUCUUGAUACUCUUGAUUGGGAACUUAACCAUGACCGUGACCUAGACCGGCUACAUAAAACCCUGUUGUUAAGUUACAAUCACCUACCAUUUUACCUUAAGUAUUGUUUCCUGCAUAUCGGUUUGUUUCCUGCAGACUAUGAGAUUGGGAGGAAAAGGCUGAUCCGAAUGUGGGUAGCUGAAGGCUUUGUUGAAAAAUCUAGGAGUAAAACAGAUGAAGAAGUUGCAAAUCAUUAUUUUUUGAAGCUUAUACGUGGGAGUAUGAUCCAACCUAUUACCUUACCUGCCCGAGACGUGGUUAAAGCAUGUAGAGUACAUGACCAAAUGCGAGAUGUUGCAGCCUACAUGCUUAAGCAAGAGAUGUUUGGAGCCGCUUUAGAAGCUGGAGACAAGGAAAUGGAAGGAAGACCGCGUCGAUUAUCAAUCUAUGACAAUGCUAAAAAUCUCCCAUCCAACAUGGGUAACUUGAAACUCCGCUCUUUUCUCAUGUUCAAGAUAACCGAAUUGUCAUCCUCUAACUUACUGAAAAUAUUUGAGGAGCUUAAACUAGUAAGAGUGUUGGACUUACAAGGAGUUCCAAUAGAAAGAUUGCCAGGUGAGGUGGGUAGCCUAAUUCAUUUGAGGUAUCUAAAUUUGAGAGGCACAUUUAUCAAAUGUCUCCCAAAGCAGCUUAAGAGUUUGAGAAAUCUUCAGACUUUGGAUAUCAGAAACACAAAUCUGACAAGUUUGCCAACUGGAAUCAAUAGGCUUCAGCAGCUGAGACAUCUUCAUAUAGCAAGCUUCUGUGACAGAGAGAAGGGUUUCUUGAAGAUGCCCAAGGGAAAAAAGUGGUUUAAGAACCUUCAAACACUCUCUGGUGUUGAACCUGAUGAGGAUCUAUUGAAAGAGCUGAGAAGCUUAACCAACUUGAGGAAAUUAUACAUUGGGGGGAUGAAUAAGACAAACAGUGAAGAAUUGUGGAUUUCUCUGGGGGAGAUGAAGAGCUUGCGCUCCUUUACAAUGGUAGCGGAUAGUUCACCUGAACGACCCCAAGUAGAAUCUCUUUCCAGGCCCCCACCAUCUCUCGAGAAAUUAAAACUGCAGGUGUCUAUGACCAGAUUGCCAAAAUGGUUUGUUUCUCUUAGAUACCUCCAUACUCUGUACUUGCUCAAGAAUUUUCUUGUGGAAGACCCAUUUCCCAUUCUCCAACAACUUCCCAAUCUUUUUGUCUUGAUACUGGCGUCUUCAGCAUUUUUGAGCACGGAAAUAUGUUGCAGAUCAGGAGGGUUUCCUAAGCUCACACUACUGCGAAUCCUGGGAAUGGAAAACUGGAGGAGAUGGAUGCCAAUUGAGGAGGGUACCAUGCCAAACCUCAGGUAUCUUCUAAUUGCAGAUUGUCCAAGACUACUGGGGUUACCAGAAGGCUUUCAUCACCUCACAGCCCUCCAAGAUCUCACCCUAAUAAGGAUGUCUUCCUACCUCUCAUACAAGUUACAAGGAACUGAUCAUUGGAAAGUUCAUCAUAUUCCAGAGGUUUCGAUUAUUUCACAAGAUGGGGCUGAAUUCCUAUCAAAAAGCUCGGAUAAUUAG